UGAAUGCAUUGCAUUCCCACAUCAAUGAAAUCCCUCCAAGCUACGUAGAGGGCUUGUCCUCCAACCACUCUUCCAAACCGUCACCCUUAUUGGCUGAAUGUUUUGAAUCUCUGGCGGCAAGUGACCAACAUAGUAGUAGUAGCUCAAACAACAAUCCUCGUCCCUUGUCAUUACUUAUUAGAAACAGAUCAAGAUCAGACUGGUCAUCAGAAUGUUCAAAAAGCAACAUCAGUGAGUGACCCAACAUCCAGGCGUAGUAAGUAAGUAAGUAAGCAAGUAAGGGAACUGGUGAUCCGCCCACCCGCCGGAUUACUGUCCAUUCGGCCCACGGCGCUCUACGACCUUCCUCAUGUCCAUUUCAUCCGAUUCCGACUCGGAUUGGGGCGAGUCGCCCCCGGCCAAACGAGCCAAGCGAUCCAAACUGGCUUCCAAAGUGGUUUCCAAGGUUAAAUCCACCCCCCGCACCUCGACCCAAAUCAGCCGCCAGCCCUCAGGCUCAUCAGCCCAACGACGAGCCCGACCAUCACAACGCCAGAGCGAAGCCCAGAGUGAUCCACACAGCGAUGAGGACUUCCAAACUGCGAAUCGACCCGCCCAAGGACCCCGACUGAGUCGCGAAGAGAAGCAGUUUCAAAAGCAAUUGGCCCUGGCCUUGG